ACAUAACGUAUGAAAACAACCAUAUAUGUCAAACGACGAUGACGCGACUUCGAUGACCACAUGCAUUUCGGUUUUUGCAAGUUUGCAGAUGCACGUCGAUCUGGGGAAACUAUUUUGCCACGCACGUCUGGGGAAACUAUUUUUUGCGACUUCGACUCCCUGCACGUCUGCGCGCUUUCUUUAAUUCGUGCCACCACUAUUUCGCUAGAUUUGCCAACCCGUGGCGGUGGCGUCGUUGGAAGCUUCGGUGGAGGCAACGUUGGACGCCAUCAGCGGAGAUCAAUGGCGGGCGCGGCUGCAGCCGUUCACCAUCUUCCGCGUCCCCGCCUACGUCCGCGACGGCAACCGCACCGCGUACGAGCCGCGCCUGGUAUCCAUCGGCCCCUACCACCACGGCGGCGCCGCGCUCCGCGCCAUGGAGGACCACAAGUGGCGCUACCUCCACGACCUGCUAUCCCGCCGCGCUGGCGACGGCGCCGCUGCCGUGGUCACCGCGUCCGCCUUGGUCGCGGAAAUGCGGACCCUCGAGCCCCGGGCGCGCGCGUGCUACAGCGAGCGCCCCGUGGGCAUGGACUCCUCCGACGACUUCGUCCGGAUGCUCCUCCUCGACGGCUUCUUCAUCCUCGAGUUCUUCUUCAAGUGGCACACCAAGGAGGCCGACUCGCUCUGCGACGUCGGCUGGGGCCUCACGCUCGUCGCCGCCGACCUGCUCUUGAUGGAGAACCAGAUCCCGUUCUUCGUCCUCGAGAGGCUCUACGAAGCCGUCGCCGGCAUGCAGCCCGACAAGGAGUCCCUCUUCAACCUCCUCAUCGAGUACAUCAGCGACGAGGAGCCCAUCAGGCGGCCGUCCGGUGACUGGGACGUCCACCACCUCCUCCACCUGUACUACGAGUGCUUCGUUCCCAAGCGGCCACGGCCGCGGCUGCCCGAGUCGGCCCGGAAGGCACCGGCGGCGCCGACGCGGACGAUUCUGCGUGCCAGCGAACUGCGGGAGGCGGGUGUCACCCUCGUGCGGCGGAGCGCGGCGCGGGACAGGUUCGACGUGACGUUCGACCGCCGCAGGGGCGUCAUGGAGAUCCCGGCCAUAGAGAGAUCGACGACAUGAAGCGACCGCUCCUCGUCAACCUCAUGGCGUUCGAGCAGACGCAGGCGGGCGAGGAGCCGCGCCUCCUCACCAGCUACGUGGCGCUGAUGGGCCAGCUCAUCGUGACGGCGCGCGACGUCGAGCUGCUCCGCCGGCGCGGCGU